AUGGCAGCCCCGCUGACGGCGAUGCUGCUGCUCGCGGGGGCGUACUACGUGACGCGGCUGGCGCCCCGGGUUUCGCAGCGAGUCGCGAUGGCGCAAGGCGGAAUGGGGGCCACGCAGGCCCUCCAUGCGCACCAGUCGUAUCGCCGUCACGAGUCUGGCUUUGCGGCCACCAUGUCGGAGCGGGAGGCCUUGCUGCUGCUUGGCUUCCCGGAGGAUGUCGCCGAUGGAACUCGCGCCCGCCCCUCGGACCAGCAGGUAAAGGAGCGCUACUACGCGCUGAUGAAACACUUGCACAGUGACGUGAGUGGCAGUCCAUACAUCGCCACGAAGCUUAAUGAGGCCAGGGAUGUACUGUCGCGGCGAUGA